GGGUCUGUGUGAUCUGGGAAUAUGUGUCUCUGAUGUGAUCCCGACAGGAGGUUCUGAGCUAAAUUGUAACCACCCACUUGAACCGGAACCUUUUCAAGCUACAACUGUGUUGCCUUCACGAUCAUGUGUAUCGCAGAGCACCAUUUACAUUCCCUUUACACAACUGAUAAAAACGACGAUGUCUCCUCCUCAUCAGGCAUGGAUGAUUUAAAAAUGAACGUUCGUCAUGUUCAAAAGCGUGGUUAAUGCUGUGGAAGCUUAAUUGAUUUACUUAGAAGGUAAUAGCAACAUUGUAACGCAUUGGAAAGAUGGGGAGCACGACCUCUUGCUGUGUGUCUUCAAGUCCGAAGCUCCGAAGAAAUGCUCAUUCGAGGCUGGAGUCGUACAACACCGAGCCGGAGUUGAGUAGGGAGGAUACGGGCUGCAACCUGCAGCACAUCAGCGACCGAGAGAAUGUCGACGAGCUGAACAUGGAGUACAACCCCUCUGACCAUCCUCGGGCCAGCACAAUAUUCCUCAGCAGAUCUCAGACGGAUGUGGAGUUGUCCAGCAAAAGUGUGCGUGAAAAAAGAAAGAGCCUCUUCAUCAAUCAUUUAACACACAUUGACGAGUCAAAGCAUGGAUCAACUAGAAGAAAACACAGCUCCUGUUCCACCAUCUUCCUGGAUGACAACACAGUCAGUCAGCCCAAUCUUAAAUUCACCAUUAAAUGUGUAUCUCUUGCAAUAUAUUACCAUAUCAAGAAUAGAGACACAGAUGGAGGAAUGCGGCAAGACAUUUUUGAUGAGAAGCUUCACCCUCUCUCGAAAUCUGAAGUGCCGUCUGACUAUGACAAACACGACCCCGAGCAGAAACAGAUCUACCGCUUCGUUCGGACGCUGUUCAGCGCUGCUCAGCUCACUGCAGAAUGUGCCAUUGUUACACUGGUGUACGUUGAGAGGCUGCUGACGUAUGCAGAGAUAGACAUUGGCCCAGAGAACUGGAAGCGUAUGGUACUGGGAGCCAUUCUGCUGGCCUCUAAGGUCUGGGAUGACCAGGCUGUUUGGAACGUAGACUAUUGCCAGAUCCUCAAAGACAUCACUGUGGAGGACAUGAACGAGCUGGAGCGUCAGUUUCUGGAGCUUUUGCAGUUCAACAUCAACGUUCCAUCAAGUGUUUAUGCCAAGUAUUACUUUGACCUGCGCUCACUGUCAGAGACCAACAACCUGAGCUUCCCUCUGGAGCCCCUGAGCCGGGACAAAGCCCAGAGACUAGAGGCGAUCUCAAGGUUAUGUGACGACAAGUACAAGGAUGCCAGGAGAGCUGCCAAGAAGCGCUCAGCGAGCGUGGACAAUCUGGUCGGGGUGCGAUGGGUCCCUGCCAUCCUUUCCUAACAACCAGGAACAUAGACCACACCUGAGACUGGGCCUGAGACUGGGCCUGAGACUGGGCCUGAGGCUGGGCCUGAGGCUGGGCCUGAGGCCAGCAUGGUAAAAUUCCCAGGUUUUCCAGAAUACCUGAUUGGAGGAUUUCAGAUUUCCUGCUGAUUCCGGGAAUCAUCCAAUCUGGAUUCCUGGGGAAUUUUGGAAAAGUUACCCGAAUUCUGCAACCCGAACCUGGAUAGACAGACCGACCUUGUCACAGAUAGAUGCCUUCACAGUGCCUCCGCUCCUGUAACACAGGGAAGAGCUCUCUAUAGGACUGGUAGUUCACUGACUGUUAAGAGUAAGAAAAAUGAAAGCUUCUUUGUGAUACAACAUAAAGAUGACUGUUAAGAGAUCUCAUGACAUCACAGUUUUCUGUGGACAGAAGCAGCCAGGUGACCAUCAAGACCAUCAGAAGUAGCCAGUCAACCAUCACUGUGGAAACAUUAGCUUUAUGCGUUGUAGCAGCAAACCAACAGAGAAGUUGUCAGAAAACAACAUUUCAGUGUCAUUUGACCUCUUUUCCUGGGUCGUACCAAACGAAAGAAAAAGGACUGAAACGGUUGGAUGACCUGAACUUGUCCAUUAAGAAACGGUUUGCGUUGAAAAGGUUUUGCUAUGGCGUGCACUAAUGAAUACGAUCAUGGGUCCUGUCCAAGCUGGCGUGGCACGACAGACAGUUGGUUGCCUUUGGAGAUGGUUCUGUUACUUUUGGUGAAAGGGUUUAUAUUCAUUUUGUGUUCAUAAGGCUGUUUUCACUGCCUACUGCUAUAGCCGACCAAACCCAAGUACCUGCAGACAUCAUUUGAUCAGAUAAAACAGCAUUCUAGCUGUGCAGGCGUUUCUACUGGAGAUCUACAUUCAAAUUCCAGAAACAUUUAGUUCUUAAUGAACACAUUUAUUUUGUUCAUGUUCAAACAAGUUGACCAUAUUACUUUACUACCCACUGGGCAAAAACUGGUUGAAUCAACACGGUUUCCACAUAAUUUCAACAAAACAAUUCAAUGUGAUGACGUUGAAUCAAUGUGGAAAACUGAUUGGAUUUGAAAAAAGUAUUUUUUUCACUGAACUUUUAACCUAAACUUUUUAUGUAAAUAAGAAAUAGACGUUGAACUGACGUCUGUGCCCAGUGGGUACCUUUCCACUAGUAUAUCUCCCUAGUUACUGUACAUCCCAAUACUCAGAAUGUUAUAUUCAAAUCUGCAGCUAAAUUCACUAAUGAUUUACUACAUGGCCAAAUGUAUGUGGACACCCCUUCAAAUUCGUGGAUUCGGCUAUUUCAGACACAUCUCUUGAUGACAGGUGUAUAGAAUUGAGCACACAGACAAACAUUGGCAGUAGAAUGGCCUUACUGAAAA